GUCCUGCUUGGGGACAGAGUGGCUGAAGCUACCCUGCUGACGGUGCUGAGCGGCCCUCCUCCCUCUCUCUCCCCUCCUACCCGUGCCCAGGCAGCACCAUGGCACAGACAGACAUACUCCUGACCAAGGAGCCUGCCCCGCAGACAGUGCCAGCAUGCCAGCUGCCUCACAAGCUGUACGAUGUGGCCCGGAACACGGGUGCCCACACGUCCUCGGGCCUGGCCACCGCUGGGUUCCGCACGGCCAAGUACCUGGUGGAUGAGUGGUUCCAGACCUGCUAUGCCCGCUACCACCAGGCCUUCGCCGACCGCGACCAGUCAGAGCGGCAGCGCCAUGAGAGCCAGCAGCUGGCGGCAGAGACUGAGGCGCUGGCGCAGCGCACGCAGCAGGAUUCCACGAAGAAGGUGGGCGAGCGCCUCCAGGACAUGCACUGCUGGAAGUCGGAGCUGCAGCGCCAGGUGGAAGAGCUGGUCGCGGAGACCGACCUGCUGCUGGUCCAGAAGCAGCGGCUGGAGCGCGCCCUGGACGCCACGGCCGUGCCCUUCUCCAUCGCCACCGACAACCUGCAGUGCCGGGAGCGCCGCCAGCACCCCGACCUCGUGCGCGACUGCGUGGAAGUGGAGCUGCUGAAGGAGGCCGAGCUCAUCCGGAACAUUCAGGAGCUCCUGAAAAGGACCAUCAUGCAGGCAGUGAACCAGAUUCGGCUGAAUCGAGAGCACAAGGAGACCUGCGAGAUGGACUGGUCCGACAAGGUGGAGGCCUACAACAUCGACGAGGCCUGCUGCCGAUACCACAACCAGAGCACCGACGUGCAGUUCUACCCGCACUCCGCCAAGUUCGAGGAGAGUGCCUCCACGCCCGAGACCUGGGCCAAAUUCACCCAGGAAAACCUGCACCGCGCCGAGCGCGAACGCCUGGCCUCGGUCAACCUGCAGAAGCUCAUCGACUGCAUCCUGCAGGACACAUCAGAAGACCUGCGACUACAGUGCGACGCCGUGAACGUGGCCUUCGGGCGACGCUGCGAGGAGCUAGAGGACGCGCGCCACAAGCUGGAGCACCACCUGCGCAAGACGCUGCGGGAGAUCACGGACCAGGAGCACAAUGUUGCGGCACUGAAGCAGGCCAUCAAGGACAAGGAGGCACCUCUGAAGGUGGCCCAGACCCGCCUGUACCAGCGUUCUCACCGGCCCAACGUGGAGCUGUGCCGAGAAGCUGCCCAGUUCAGGCUGGUGAGCGAGGUGGAGGAGCUGAACCUAUCCCUGGCGGCACUGAGGGAGAAGCUUCUGGAAGCAGAGCAGUCUCUGCGCAACCUGGAGGACACGCGCAUGAGCCUGGAGGAGGACAUCGCCAUCAAGACCAACAGCCUCUUCAUCGACCGUCAGAAGUGCAUGGCCCACCGCGCCCGCUACCCCACUGUCCUGCAGCUGGCUGGCUACCAGUGACCUGAUGGGCACCCUGGCGGGUGCAGUGACCCAUCUCCCCCUCAAAUAAAGAGCAUGU